AGCUACAAACUACUACGAGAUCGAUCAAUACAUACCUCUCUAAAUUCUUAACAUUCCGAUUACAAGGCGUGUUUUCGAUCCCUCGACCGACUGCACGCCACCCACAAAAUGGCCAUGAAGAACAUUGCCUUGGUUGUCCUUGUAGUUGCUGUCUGCAUCAGCGCAGCAAUGGCCGCUGCACCUGUAAAGGGCGCCGCAGCCACCACCGCUGCAGCCACCCCCUCUGCAGCCACCACCGCUGCCACCCCCACCGCUGCAGCUGGCCCUGAAGCUUCUACCCCAGCACCUAGCGGAAGCAACAUGAACGCAGUUGGAUCUCUGGUUGGAGCAACACUCAUGUCCUUCUUGGCCAUUUACUUGCACUAAAUUAUUAAUCAAGUGACAAAAAAAAAAUCGAGAGAAGUACUUGAUCAUCUUUAAUUAGGGCGUGUGCGUGUACUAUAUUCCCCAAUAAAUGAAGCUAUAACGCUACUUACGCAUAUUA